UGCCAGGUUUUGAUCUGCUAACACCUGUAAUGACUACUGUAUCCAUUAAGAACGUGAUUACAGGGACAUCUCAGGUUGACUGUGCUGUCCUGAUUGUUGCUGCUGGUGUUGGUGAAUUUGAAGCUGGUAUCUCCAAGAAUGGGCAGACCAGUGAGCAUGCCCUUCUGGCUUACACACUGGAUGUGAAACAACUAAUUGUUGGUGUUAACAAAAUGGAUUCCACUGAGCCACCCUGCAGCCAGAAGAGAUAUGAGGAAAUCAUUAAGGAAGUCAGCACUUACAUUAAGAAAAUUGGCUACAACCCCAACACAGUAGCAUUUGUGCCAAUUUCUGGUUGGAAUGAUGACAACAUGCUGGAGCCAACUGCUAACGUGCCUUCGUUCAAGGGAUGGAAAGUCACCUGUAAAGAUGGCAAUGCCAGUGGAACCACGCUGCUUGAGGCUCUGGACUACAUCCUACCACCAUCUGGUCCAACUGACAAGCCCUUGCGCCUGCCUCUCCAGGAUGUCCACAAAAUUGGUGGCAUUGGUACUGUACUUGGUGGUCAAGUGAAGACUGGUGUUCUCAAACCCGGUACGGUGGUCACCUUUGCUGCAGUCGAUGUUACAACUGAAAUAAAGUCUGUUGAAAUGCACCAGGAAGCUUUGAGUGAAAUAAAUCCUGGGAACAACGUGGGCUUCAAUAUCAAGAAUGUGUCUGUCAAGGAUGUUCGUUGUGGCAACAUUGCUGGUGACAGCAAAAAUGGCCCACCAAUGAAAGCAGCCAGCAUCACUGCUCAGGUGAUCAUCCUGAACCAUCCAGGCCAAAUCAGGGCUGGCUAUACUCCUGUACUGGAUUGCCACAUGGCUCACACUGCAUGCAAGUUUGCUGUACUGAAGGAAAAGAUUGAUCACCGUUCUGGUAAGAAGCUGGAAGAUGGCUCUAAAUUCUUGAAGUCCGGUGAUGCUGCCAUCAUUGAUAUGGUUCCUGGCAACCUCAUGUGUAUUGAGAGCUUCUCAGACUAUCCUCCUCUGGGUCACGUUGGUGUUUGUGAUAUGAGACAGACAGUUGCUGUGGGUGUCAUCAAGGCAGUGGACCAGAAGGCUGCUGAAGCUGGCAAGGUCACCAAGUCUACCCAGAAAGCUCAGAAGGCUAAAUGAAUAUUAUCCCUAAUACCUGCCACCCCAGUCUUAAUCAGUGGUG